AUGAACAAGCGAGAGAUCCCGCAGUUCACUACAGAUCACAUCAAGAUGAAAGAAGACUGCAGUGUUGCAAUAGCUAACCAAGCUCUCGAGAAGAAAAGAGAUCCUGGAUGUCCAACCAUCCCAUGUUCAAUUGGAGCGAUGAUGUUCGAAAGGGCAUUAUGUGAUCUUAGUGCAAGUUAUAGCGUCAUGCCUAAAGCUGUGUUCAAGAAGCUACGCCUGCUGGAGCCAGAACCAACUGCUAUGUGCCUGGAGUUGGUGGACAACACCGUUCGCUAUCCCGAAGGCAUUGCUGAAGAUGUACCUAUGAAGAUCAGGAAUCACUUUGUCCCUGUUGAUUUUGUGAUACUCGAGAUGGGAGAAGGAGCUAAAUCCCCACUCAUCCUAGGAAGGUCGUUCAUGAAGACCGCAAGGGCAAACAUAGAUGUUGGGAAGAGCGAGAUCAAGUUUGACAUCAAUGGCACUAUGAGCGCGUUCAAGUUUCGCUCACGUUUUGAGAAGAAGGAAGAAUGCCAGCCUGUGAAGACCAAAAAGAUAGCCAAGCCUGUGCCUGCAUCAAAGCCAAAGAUGGUGAAGAAGUGGGUGCCAAAGAAUGCCGCGCUGACACCGAGCGCUGGUCUGAACUGA